CAUGCGCCACAGGCAGGGCAUCGCCGCUAGUCCGGAUGGGGCCACUAACAACAUCAUCCAUCGUCGUCGUCGUCGUUGCCGCUCCAUUGUCAUCUAUUUUCAUCUUCGCGUGAACCUGCUAUCGAUAAAGCUAGUCGCCCAAUUGAUCCAAUCUCUUAACCUCACUUCGUCAAUCUUUAUCUACCAUUACCACUUUGCAAAACCAGUUUCACACCACAAACCAAUCUCUUUCCAGCCUCAUCACCCCAAGAUAAUAAAAACAAAAAAGUACAAUUCGCCGUACGCAUCGCAAACACACACCAUGUCCACCACCACAAUAGCAACACAAUACACCCGCCUCCUCUCCCUCUGGCCCAAAGACGCCCUCCGCCCAAACCUCCCCUUCACAACCGCAAUCGCCCACCGCGCAAAACCCUACGGCGUCGCGCCCCCAUCGGCCCCCUCCCCCUCGUCCACACCAGCAACAACACCAUCUCCGCAACCCUCUGCCUCACUCCCGACGACGACACCAGCGCAGGAAACGGCGCAGAUCAACGCCCUCUUCUCGCUGCUGGAGAAUCGGUAUACGGCCAAGUACCCGCUGUCGGCUGAUGUGCUGAAGCCCAAGAGUAAUCCGGAGCAUUAUGAGCGGCUGAUGGAGGAAAUUGAGCGGGCGCCGGGGAAGACGUGGUGGCAGGCCAAGGUGGACGAGUGGAAGAUGAAGAUUCGCUGGUCGUAG